AUGGCGACCAUCGACGCCCAGGAGGUCUACAACAGCUGCCACGGCUGGGGCACGUCCGACGGGAAGCUCAUCGCGCUUCUCGCGUCGCGGUCGAAGCCGCACCUCCAGGACGUCGCGGCCGCGUACUACGACCAGCGCGACAAGCCCAUGCUCAACCGGCUCCGGUCCGAGACGUCGGGCUGGUACAAGCUCUUCCUCACCUACCUCAUCUCGUCGCCCGAGGACGGCGACGUGCGCCAGCUCGACGCGGCCAUGGACGGCCUCGGCGCGGACGGCGUCGCGCUCAUCGAGUUCCUCGUCGGCAACAGCCAGGCGCGCGUCCGCGCGGCCAAGGCCAAGUGGGAGGGCCGCCACGACAAGUCGCUCGUGGACCGCAUCCGCUCCGAGCUGCACGGCGCGAACGAGACGCUCGCGCUCGAGCUUUUGAAGGGCGAGCGCGACGAGUGCGGCAAGGCCGACGAGAAGCUCGCCGCGAACCAGGCGGACCAGCUCGCCGCGGGCGCCAAGGGCUGGGGCACGGACACGAACGCCUUCAUCCAGGUCCUCGCGAAGAACUCGCCGAAGCAGAACCGCGCGGUCCGGUCCGCGUACGAGAAGAAGCACAACAAGUCGCUCGAGUCGCUCAUCGAGCGCGAGAUGAGCGGCAACCUCAAGAAGUGCAUGCUCGCGCUGCUGCUGCCGCCGGCGGACUACUACGCGAAGCGGCUCAAGGAGGCCUUCAAGGGCCUGGGCACGUCGGACCGCGUCGUCUGCCGCGUGCUCGGCGGCCACGACAAGGCCGACGUGCUCGCCAUCGCGAAGCGCUACCACGAGAAGUACGGCAAGCACCUCAAGGACUCGCUCAAGAGCGAGUGCAGCGGCAACUACAAGCGCGUCGCCAUG